GGUUGGAUGUUGGGCGGGGUCUGAGGAGACACGGAGAAACGCUGCUGCUGCUCCGAGUGAAGGAGGAGAAGAAGAGGAGGACAGAAAGAUAGAGACACACAGACAGGCAGAGACAGACAGGCAGAGAGACAGGCAGACAGGCAAACGGAGAGACACACAGACGGGAGGAUGGACCGGCGCAGCGGCCGUCGGUAGCGCUCUGUUUUCGGGGACGGAGCUCCAGGAUGAGCGUAGCGCUGCAGGACCUCCGGAACACCAUGUCCAACUACAAACGAGCCACGCUGGAAGAGGACGAGGUGUCGGAUGCUCCGGCUGAGGCGGCCUCGUCUCCCGACCGAGUGGAGGUGGGCUUCAGGAAGGGGGGCGUGGACAUCCUGGGCCGGAGGACUCAGCUGGAGGUUCUGCUGUCGGGUCUGCUGCUGGCCUCCCUGCUGGCUCUGCUGGCCUGUGUGCUGGUCCUGGGUCUAGGGUUCAGCUCAGACAGUGGGCGUGGCCUGUGCCUGUCGGAGGCGUGCGUCACGGUGGCGAGUCAGAUGGUGGAGGCCAUGGACCGCGGCGCCGACCCCUGCAGCGACUUCUACCAGUUCGCCUGCGGAGGCUGGAUGAGGAAGAACCCGCUGCCUGAUGGGCGCUCCAGGUGGUCCACCUUCAACAGCAUCUGGGAGCAGAACCAGGCCCUGCUCAAGCACCUGCUGGAGAACGGGACCUUCAAUGGCAGCAGCGAGGCCGAGAGGAAGACCCAGUCCUACUACAUGUCGUGUCUCAACACCCAGAGGAUCGAGGAGCUGGGGGCUCAGCCUCUCGUGGACCUCAUCGCCAAGAUCGGGGGCUGGAACAUGACGGGUCCCUGGGAGAAGGAGAACUUCAUGGAGGUUCUGAAGGCGGUUUCUGGUCCCUACAGAGCUCAGCCCUUCUUCAGCGUCGGAGUCAACGCUGAUCCCAAGAACUCCAACAGCAACGUCAUCCAGUUGGAUCAAUCAGGACUCUUCUUGCCGUCCAGAGACUAUUACCUCAACAGGACGGCCAACGAGAAGGUGCUGGUGGCGUACCUGGACUACAUGGUGGAGCUGGGGAGGCUGCUGGGAGGGGAGAGGAGCUCCACUCAAAUCCUAAUGCAGCAGAUUCUGGACUUUGAGACGGCGCUCGCCAACAUUACCGUCCCUCAGGACCAGCGGAGGGACGAGGAGAAGAUCUACCACAAGGUCACCAUCUCUGAGCUCCAGGUGCUGGCUCCGUCCGUGGAGUGGCUGGACUUCCUCUCGUCCUCUCUGUCUCCUCUGGAGCUCAACGCCACGGAGCCCGUGGUUCUGUACGCCAGAGAGUACCUACAGCAGGUGUCUGAGCUCAUCAACAGGACGGACCGCAGUCUGCUGAACAACUACAUGAUGUGGACCCUGGUCCAGAAGAGUGUGGCCAGUCUGGAUCAACGCUUUGAGAACGCUCAGGACAAACUGUUGGAGAGCCUGUACGGGACCAAGAAGUCCUGCACCCCCCGCUGGCAGACCUGUAUCGGGAACACCGACGACACCCUGGGCUUCGCUCUGGGAGCGCUCUUCGUCAAGGCCACCUUCGACAAACACAGCAAAGAGAUUGCCGAGGAGAUGAUUAACGAGAUCCGCUCAGCGUUUAAAGAAGCUCUGGACCGGCUCAACUGGAUGGACGACCACACGAGACAGGCAGCUAAAGACAAGGCAGAUGCAAUCUACGACAUGAUCGGUUUCCCAGAAUUCAUCCUGGACCCCAAAGAGCUGGACGACGUAUUUGACGGGUACGACGUGUCCGACGACAGCUUUUUCCAGAACAUGUUGAACUUCUACAACUUCUCAUCCCGAGUGAUGGCCGACCAGCUGAGGAAGACUCCCAACAAAGACCAGUGGAGCAUGACUCCUCCUACAGUUAAUGCCUACUACAUGCCCACUAAGAACGGCAUCGUUUUCCCUGCUGGGAUCCUCCAAGCUCCUUUCUACGCCCAGGACCACCCCAAGGCACUGAACUUCGGCGGCAUCGGGGUGGUGAUGGGUCACGAGCUCACGCAUGCCUUCGACGAUCAGGGUCGCGAGUACGAUAAAGAAGGGAACUUGAGGCCGUGGUGGCAGAACUCGUCGGUGGAGGCGUUCCGCCAGAGGACCGAGUGCAUGAUGGACCAGUACAACCAUUACACCGUCAACGGAGAACACGUCAACGGAAAGCAGACGCUCGGGGAAAACAUAGCGGACAACGGAGGACUGAAGGCGGCGUAUCAUGCCUAUCGGUCGUGGGUCCAGAAGAACGGGGAGGAGAAGAGGCUUCCUGCCGUCAACCUGACCAACGACCAGCUCUUCUUCUUGGGAUUUGCUCAGGUGUGGUGUUCGGUCCGGACACCGGAGAGCGCUCACGAGGGUCUGGUGACCGACCCCCACAGCCCACCCCGAUACAGGGUCAUCGGCACGCUCGCCAACUCUCCGGACUUCAGCCGCCACUUCAACUGCCCUGCGGGGACGCCGAUGAACACCGGGCGGCGCUGCGAGGUCUGGUAGACGGCCUGAAAAGAAGAGGGGGGGGGGGGAAGGGGGCGUGGUUAGCGGUCGGUUCGUCGUCACCUUCAUCCCUUUGAUAGAAAGCUGUGGCUUAGAGACGAGCAGACGACUUCCUGUCUGCAACCUGAACGAACUCAAUGGACUUCAGGGACACGAGGAUGACGAGGAUGACCAUGAAGAAGAAGCCACAUGGGACGAUGUUGCUGAUUUCUGCUUUAUCACCGUUGAUUGAUUAUGAAUAUUGUGUUAUUAAUGGGCUGUGUGUGUGUGUGUGUGUGUGUGUGUGUGUGUGUGUGUGUGUGUGUGUGUGUGUGUGUGUGUGUGUGUGUGUGUGUGUGUGUGUGUGUGUGUGUGUGUGUGUGUGUGUGUGUGUGUGUGUGUGUGUGUGUGUGUGUGUGUGUGUGUGUGUGUGUGUGUGUGUGUGUGUGUGUGUGUGUGUGUGUGUGUGUGUGUGUCUCUCUCUCUGAUAACACCAUGAUGUUACGAACAAUUGCGUCAUCGUUGUGUGUACAGAAGUCUGAUUCAUUAUUCAAUUAAGGACCUUUAUAAGGCAUCGUUAUAUUUAUGGUUCAAUUAGUUCAUUAAGCGAAUAAUUAAAUGAUUUCAGGGUUUUAAUGGAUUAUUAUGAAGUUUUUAAGGAGUAAAACACCAUAAAAUGGACCAAAUAGGAUAAACAGUUUAAAUGAAGCAUUCAAGUUGUUGCUCAGUUUUAAGUCUUUUUCAGCCCUAAAAGGUUCUUAAAUCUGCAAGAAAUAUUAAACGUAUAGAAUCCAUUAAAAUGAAUUGCAUCGUUAUUAAAACUUCUCCACGUGUCAAAGCAACCGCCUUAAGAAUUUAAGAUCAUUAAACAACAGAAAGAUGUUGUUUAA